AUGAGAAAUUCUACUACCCGUCGAGGUGGAGGUCCAGCUGAAUCUGGGAAUGAUGGGUCGUUCAGCUUAAGAGUGGUGCCUUCAAAUUUGUUAGUGGCUGAGAAAGAAGAAGCCAAGGCUGUACUGGCCUUGUUCUUGAAAAAACAAGGCUUAAGCAAUUCAGUUGCAGCAAGAACUAUCAACAAGUCAGAACUUUUCAUUGAUCACCUCGUUUCAAGGCUUCAUUCUGUUCAUAAAGCCCGGUAUCUAGUAGGACGAGAGCUUACAACUCUUGAGAUCAGGGAUGCUCUUAUUUCAUAUCUUGAUACCCUUUAUGAGGAGUAUGGAGACAUUCUGAUAGAUGUAGUGGAAAACUUUCCAAAUCCACCAAUUAAAGGAAAGCCAUUAGAAAAGUUACCAAACCCAUCAAUUGAACACAGAUCGGUUGUGCCAGUUUCGGCCCCCAAUACCGCCUUCAACCCCAAGAAGUUAAAAGCCUUGGCCAGAGUGACUAAUGUCAGUCCUGGGAAGCUCCCUCCUCACAUUAUCUACCUCAUAGAACUUGGCAUGGAACUUGAGCUGAUCAAAGAAGUGACACGCAAAUUCCCUGCCUUUGCCUACUACAGCUUAGAGGGGAAAAUUAAGCCUAUUGUUGAGUUCCUUCUUGAUCUCGGGGUAUCAAAAUCAGAUAUUCCCACCAUCUCUCAAGGCACCAUUUUUUUUUUUAGCAAAGGGGGCGGGUGCUCCCCGCGGUGA